CAGUUCUUAACUCCUUUGGGAAAGACGUACCUUGUCAGGAAAAAACUUCUAAUAUCCCCUUUACUCCAACAUCUUUUACGAUUUGCACUCGGUUGACUUUGAGUUAAGUAAGCUAUAAAUUCAGCGUGAAAUUUGCAACUACUUAACCUUUUUAAGUAAAUCAUAAGAGAUGCAGAACGAUAAGGACGAAUCCCACCGCCACAUGGGCAUUACUUGCAGCGGCUGCCUGCGCCAGAAUUUUCCGGGUCGCCUGUUCCAUUGCCUCUCCUGCUUGGAGGAGUUCAACCUGUGCAACGGGUGCUACGCUCUCGAUGUGACCACCAAAGACCACAAGUUCGACCACGCGAUGCACUGCAUCCUCACGCCGGCGAGCCUGGCUCUUUUCUACACCCAAGAGGAGUUGGGAGCCGGAAAGUACCCGAUGCUCAUUCGCUGCCCAUACUGCAAGAUAAACAACUUUAAUCUGGAGGAAUUCGAGCGCCAUUUGGAGGAGCUGCACCCUAGUGCUGAUCCCGACUUGUUGUCCUGUUAUAAGCUAAAUGUUUAGGGCACAGAGGUCAGCUACAGGGAAUAAUGACACAUUUUAGGGCUUCUGUUUAUUGGGUAUAGGCGCCACAAAUGUCAAUGGGACAUUCAUUAAUAUUGAUUA